GCGCUACAACACAAAUUGUUAAACAAAUUCCUAACUUUAGUAAUUUCAUAAACCUUGGAUUAUUAGCAUCCAACUAAGCAAAUAAAUGACAUAAUCCGUUAGAAUCCUGACUGUAUUUGACUCCUCUUUCAGAUUAUGCAUAGCAUUAAUUUCAGAUUCCCCAAAAAACUCAUCACUCACUCACCAACAUGCAUUGCAAUCUUUACUCUCUCUCUCUCUAUCAAAAACCCAGAUACCCUAAAACCACGGGCUUUGCAGCAUUGUAGUUUUUGUUCUUGUUUCUGGUUUUUAAGCUCUGCUUUUUGCUCAUUUUCUCAAGUGGGUCUUUCAUUAAUCGCUCAUUCUGCAUUGUAGAUUUUCAUUUUCUCUGCCAUAACCCCUGUUUCUCUGCUUCUUCGCCAAGAGGCAGGAUCAAAAGUAGUUGGAGAGUGAUGAAGAAGAAAGGGAAAAAGAUUCAAAAUAUUCGAAAGAAGGAAGAAGUUGCAGAGGAUUGGUGCUUUGUAUGCAAAGAUGGUGGAAAGCUUCUUGUUUGUGAAUACAAGCAGUGUCUAAAAUCUUAUCACGCCGAUUGUGUGGGGCUGGAUGAAUCAGUUUUUGAUACUGGAAACCGCUGGACUUGUGGUUUGCAUUCUUGCUUCAUUUGCGAAAAGGAUUCGAAGUUCCAUUGCUAUUGCUGCCCAACUGGCGUGUGCCAACGCUGCAUCACUGGUGCGGAGUUUACACGUGUUAAAGGGCACAAAGGAUUCUGCAAUAACUGCUUAAAGCUGGCACUACUUGGAGAAGAGAACAUGGAUGUUGAUUCUGAUGGGGAGAAGGUGGAUUUUAAAGAUCGGGAGACAUAUGAGGGCCUAUUCAUGGAAUAUUGGGAGAUAAUCAAGGAGGAAGAAGGCUUGACUUUGGAACAUCUCCAUGCUGCUGAUGCUCAACUUAAAAAGGGUGAAAACUAUAAGUCUGGCUCCCGUCGAGUAGAAUCUAACAAGGAUGAAGAAAAUCAGUCCGAUUAUGAUGAUGAGGAUGAUGAUGAGAUAGAAGAGCCCAAGCUAGUUCAAAAAGUCAAGAGAUCCAAGAGCCAUAAGAAAAGGGAGGUAAAGUCAAACAAAAGAGAGUUCAUUGGUUGGGGAUCAAAAUCUCUUAUAGAUUUUCUUUCAUCAAUUGGUAAAGAUGCAAGGAAACGGUUAUCCCAAUAUGAUAUUUCUUCUAUCAUUAAUGGAUACAUCAAUGAAAACAAGCUUUUUCGCCCAGAGAAAAAGAAUAAGAUUUUAUGUGAUGAAAGAUUAAAGUCUGUUUUGGGGAGGAAAUCAAUCAACAGAAACAAAAUAUAUGACCUCCUGGAACCUCAUUUACUUGAGAACCUAGACCUAUCAGAGGAGGAUGAAGUGGGGAACAGUUCAGAAGACGAGGAGGAAAGUGUUUUGGUGGCUAGUAAAAAACAGAGAAAGUUGAGUUCAUGUAGAAAAUCCCAGGAAAAGGGGGUGGUUUUUGAUGCUCCACUGAGCUGGUUUGCUGCCAUUGUCGCUGAAAACAUUAAACUUGUCUUCCUGAAGAGGAGCCUAGUGCAGGAGCUAUUGAAGAAACCUGAAACCUUUGAAGACAAGGUAAUAGGAAGCUUUGUGAGAGUCAAAUCAGAGCCCAGUGACUCUAUGCAGGGAUUUUCUCAUCAGCUUGUGCAAGUCGCAGGCAUGAAGAAGCCAUCACCAGGGGAAAGCAAUUCAGAAAUUCUCCUUCAAGUUUCAAAUAUGUCAAAAGACAUUCACAUCAACAUGCUUUCAGAGGAUAACUUCUCCGAGGAAGAAUGCGAAGAUUUAAAACAAAAAGUGAAAGCUGGUCUACUUAAAAGGCCUACUAUGGUGGAGCUUGAACAGAAGGCCAAAACUCUGCAUGAAGAUAUAACAAAGCAUUGGAUUGCCAAAGAGCUGGCUUUAUUACAAAACCUCAUUGAUCGAGCAAAUGAGAAAGGAUGGAGAGCUGAGCUCUUUGAAUACUUGGAGAGAAGACAGUUGCUUCAGAAACCAUCAGAACAGUUACGAUUGCUACAAAAGGUUCCCAGGGCGCUUGCAGAUAUAUCAGAUUUUGAACCUACGUUGCAAAAAUCAAUGCUCAAGGGGAGUUCGGAAACUCCUGGUGAUAACAACGGUGGCAAUGGAAUUUCUUUAGGUAUAAUAGAUGCUGGAGGUGAUGGAGCUGUCACCAAUGGAAACUCCUCUUUUGGAAAUAUUGGAUCUAGUUCAGCUAAUGAUGGAAAUGGAAAUGGAAAUGUGCAAGCAACACAUGGGAAUAAUGCUGGAUGCAAUAUACAAGGGGCAGGAAAACCAAUUGAAGAAAAUCCACCCAAUGAUCGUAAUCCCACAAGAGUUGAACCUAAAAACAUCCAAUCUCCUAAAGUUGUAACCAUGGAGGAAACUCCAUCAAUGAGUGGAAACAUUGGGGACACUAUCCUCCCAGCAACAAGUGAGCCCCUUGCUGAUACUUCAAAAGACACCUUAGUCAGCAUUCCAACAUCCACUGAUGUGCAGGUUUCAACUCCAAUUGGAACAACUUUGAGCAUAUGGGAUGAAAUUGCAGCCUUUCAGAAAAGCCUUGAGCAUAUAUCUCCACUUCCACAAAGGCUUCAUCAUUAUAGCCCUGAGGAUCAACAAAUCAUGACUUCUUUCCUAAGCCUUAUCAACACUCCAUUUGAAGAAAUAGCUUCAAAGCAACCCAUCGAAGCUUUGAGCUACCUGACUGCUAUCCAAAGGCUAUCUCCUAACCCUUUUAGUCAGAAUCAACUCACCCAUCUGGCCAAAAUCAUUACUGAAUGGCCAACUCUUUUGGCAACUGCUCAAAGUUGCAAAGAAAAGAUACAAGCCAAGAAAGACUUCUUGGGAACUGCCCAAAACAUUUCCAACUUGCUAAUGAUCACCUGUCAGACCUCCUCCAAUCUUUCUGACCAAGACAAAGCAUUAGCCCUUGAAGAAGCUAGACUUGAAGCAGAACUAGCUCUUGUUAAACAAAAAAGGCUUGAUCUUCAACAACAAAGAGAAAAGCAUGGCGAUGAAGCCAAAACCCUACUAGCUCAAAUUGGGAGUGGCCCAUCAUCCAUACAAGCCACCAUGGAAGAACUUGAUCAAGCUCAAGCUAUGUUGGCAGCCACUCAAUCAAGAUGGGGCACUCUUGCACUUACUUUCUCAAGAGACUAGACACAAUUGUUUGUUUUUUCUCUUGUAAAUGUCUUAGUCAUGUUUUGCUUUUGUGAAUAUCUUGAAAUUUCAGUGAAUAUCAAUGCUUGUCAUUUCAUUU